UACAAAAUUUAUAAGAGAUUAAUACACUCACUUCUAUCGUCUCCAUUGCAUUUUACUCUUUCAUUCAAAACUCCAAAACCAUCCUAUCCUGACUUUGCCCGGCACCGUCCACCUUCCGGCAACCCGGCACCGUCCUUCCUUCUUUCUCAAUCAUUUAGUUCUGAUAACAUGUCUGAGAAUCCAGUACAGGUCUUAUUUCAUAACUUUGAGCAAGUCGCAAAUUUUGUUCAACAUCAUGUAUCUAACUUUAUAGGCCAUCUCAACUCAUCAGGACCUUUUGGUAGAGGCUCUUUGAAUGUCUCCAUCAAAGCACCGUUUGUUGAAACCACAUCUUCUGUACAACCUCGUGAUCCCAUUCUCAAGGGUAAGUCCUCUACCCCGGUGACUAAAGAAGAGCUUGGAAGGGCUACAUGGACUUUUCUUCACACUCUUGCUGCUCAGUAUCCAGAUAAUCCUACAAGACAACAGAAGAAGGAUGUAAAAGAACUGGUACAGAUCUUGUCUCGAAUGUACCCUUGCAAAGAAUGUGCAGAUCACUUUAAAGAAGUUCUUAGAUCAAAUCCUGUACAGGCCGGGUCACAUGCUGAAUUUUCUCAGUGGCUGUGUCAUGUGCAUAAUGUUGUCAAUAGAAGCAUUGGCAAACCAGUAUUUCACUGUGAACGAGUUGAUGCAAGGUGGGGAAAACUUGAGUGUGAGCAGAAAGCAUGUGAAAUUAUUGGUACUACAUCAAUUUUUGGGAACAUAUAAAGAAUUACUACUAAUAGAUACUUGUACCAUACAAGCUAUGUAUCGAAUUGGAGCUGUUUAAGAAAUCUUUUAUGAUACACCUUGAUUGUUAUCUAGUGACUUAGCACCAUAGUGUGUAGGUAAGUUAUACAGAAAUUGGAUUUCCUGCAAUCAGCAGGUACACACAUUCAUGCAGUCAAAGUAUCGGCUGCACAUGGGAUUAAGAUAAGACAAUUUAAAUAUGCACCAUCCAAUAUUAAUUAAACGUCUACUGAUAUUUUGAAUGCA